AUGGGGAGCCCACCAGCCAAGAUGAAGUUUUGCCCCAUCCACAUGCUUUCUGUAAGAAUCAUACAAGCUAAGAACAUCAAGUCAAGAGACCUGUGGACAGUUCCACUUUCCUGCCAAAACCUUGCGGGGCAAUGUUAUUCACUGCUUGAUACCAGUCUGAAGUAUUUAGGCGUCUUGGGCUGCAGUAGACAUCUUCAGUCAAGUCCAGACUCCAGCUCUGAAAGACAUCACCUUGGAGAUUUCCUUUCACACCGUUGUCAAGCUUCACAAAUGUCUGCAUCAGACUGUUAUGUGCGCUUGUGGCUGCCAUCUGCUUCAAAUGGAAAGCUUCGGACCAAAACCAUUAAGAAUUCUGACAACCCUAUCUGGAAUGAGACUUUCUACUUUAGGAUCCAGAGAGACGUUGAGAACGUUUUAGAAUUGGCAGUGUGUGAUGAAGAUCCACUCACCAAAGAUGACAUGCAGUUCACAGUUCUUUUUAAUGUUGCUAGAAUCAGACCCGGGGAGACACUCCGUGAGAUGUUUGCUCUGAAAUCGGAGAGAGAGAGGUGCACUAAGAAAUGGGAAAGUCUGGAAGUGGAAUUCUGGAUGGAAAGAAUUCCUGGCCCUCCAGAGCACCUCAUUACCAAUGAUGUCCUAGUGUCCCGUGAAGUUUGCUGCUUGAAAGUGCAAGUGGACAUUAAUGAAAGCAGAAAAUAUUUGAGAGAGGGUGUAAAUCUUGUGCUUACGGUGCCUGCAUCUCAUGAGGGAACACAGAAAACGACAGAGGACAGAGAUACUUUCUACUUCCAUUGCGUGAAGGCUUGGGAGCCAGUUCUAAAAGUCAGGCUGCAGAAAGUUUCUGAUAAGGAAGAUGUCAACAGCAAUUUAAGUGACACCUUAACAGUACCAAUGAAAUUUCUCCCUGUUGGACAUACAGUGAAAGUAACCCUCCCUGUAAGACAUAAUGUGCCACUGCAGUUGUACCUCCAGCUAGAUGAUUGCACAGAAAAACUAGAUGUGCGCUUAGGGUAUGAUCUGUGCCGAGAAGAGCAAGAAUUCUUGCACAAAAGGAGGAGAGUGGUUGCCAGUGCCCUGAAAAGGGUUCUUCAUCUGGAAAGAGAUCUACAUGGACACGAGGUCCCAGUAAUAGCUGUUAUGGCAACAGGUGGAGGCCUCAGAGCAAUGUCAGCUAUGUAUGGCCACCUCUUAGCUCUUCAGAAGCUAAAUCUGUUGGACUGUGUUACAUAUCUCACUGGGGCUUCUGGCUCGACAUGGACCCUAGCAGACCUGUAUGAGCAUGCCGACUGGUCACAGAAGACUCUGGAGGGGCCGCUUAAGGCAGUAAAAGAACAAGUGACAAAAUGCAAGCUCAACCUUAUGUCUAUAGACCAUCUGAAGUAUUAUCACAAGGAACUAGCUGAAAGGGCAAAAGCAGGACAUGUGUCAUCUUUUACAACUCUGUGGUCACUUGUUCAGGAAAUGUUCUUACAUGAACGGCCAAGAAAGUACAAACUCACAGACCAGCGCAAGGCAUUGGAGUAUGGACAAAACCCCUUGCCCUUCUAUGCAGUCCUCAAUGUGAAAGAGGAAAAGUUCGGUACUUUCAAAUUUAGAGAGUGGACGAACUUCUCUCCUUACGAGGUGGCCAUACCAAAAUAUGGAGCCUCCAUUCCUUCAGAAUAUUUUGACAGUGAGUUCUUCAUGGGAAGGCGAGUGAAGAAGCUGCCAGAAUCUCGGAUCUGCUAUCUGGAAGGUCUUUGGACAAACAUCUUUACUAGGAAUUUGCUGGAUGGCUUGUACUGGUCCUCAAAUUCAAAUGAAUUCUGGGAACGAUGGGCAAAAGAUAUGGUAGAUAUAGAAAAACAUUCCCCUGAGGAUGAUGUCACUGUCAUCGAGCCUCCAUCUUGUUUGUCAGGGAAGUUGUAUGAAAUGUUUCAGGACAUUAUGACCAAGCGUCCACUACUGGGAAAGUCUCAUAACUUCCUGAGAGGCUUAGAAUUUCAUAAGGACUAUAGCCAUCAGAAAAAAUUUAUUGAAUGGAAAGACAGAAUUACUGAAUUCUUUCCUACCAAUGCUCCACUAACUAUAUGCACACCGCUGCAGAAGUAUCUUUGCCUGAUAGAUGUUGGCUAUUUCAUCAACACCAGUGGUGCAGCACUUUUCAAGCCAGAGAGGAAUGUAGAUGUCAUUAUCUCCCUUGACUAUGGUUUGGGAAAUGUGUUCAAGCAAUUAGAGAUGACAUACAAAUAUUGCAAGAUACAAAAAAUCCCAUUCCCCAAAGUGGAGCUAAGUAAAGAAGAAGAGAAGAACCCGAAGGAAUGUUACGUGUUUUUGGAUGCAGAGGACCCCAGAGCACCCAUAGUAAUCCAUUUCCCCCUGGUGAAUGACACCUUUAAGGAAUUCAAGGAGCCUGGGGUAAAGCGCUGUGUCUCAGAGAUGGAAGAAGGCAAAGUGAAUCUGGAGAACAACUGCUCACCCUAUUACCUCAUUAGGCUAAUCUACUCCUCUGAAAAUUUUGACAAGCUCGUGAACCUGAGCCAAUACAACAUCCUCAAUAACAAAGACCUGCUCCUCCAGGCAAUCCGGAGUGCAGUAGAACGGAGGAGAAGCAGCAGGACUGGGAAUCUUCCCAGCCACUCUGGAGCUGGAUACCACUAG